AUGUCAGAUUCCGACCGCAGUUCCAGAUACCCUUACACAGUCGCCCGUUCUACCGGGACGGCGUACCCUGCUCUCCUGGCCGCGCUUCUCGCCGCACCACUGAAUAUCGACGAGGUCUCCUCAGCGGAAGACUUUGUGGCUUUCGAACAAUACGUCAUCCACCACUGCAUGCCAGACGAAAAUGGAAUCACGCAGAGUGGGCACCUGGUCUGGUUGUACCCAGAAGGGCUCUACAGGACGUAUCACGAGACAGAAGAGGGAAAUAUCGAACAUCACGGCCUGUUGGUGACAAUCGAGCGCGGCGCGCGCCUGUCGGAUGUGGUGGAGCGGGCGAGAUCCUGUUUGAGGGCUGGCGUGCUUGCGCAUGAACAUGUUGCUGCGGCGGCCUAG